UAAGAAAAAAAAAAAAAAAAAAUGAUAAAAAGGAAAACUUUUAGAUUAUUAACUGCGAAAAAAGCUGAUGAGACACCAAGAAGAAUACAAAAGAGAGAGAGAAUUUGUUCUCACUUCUCGCUCUGCUGCACCUCUGGUCCGGCUGUGCGUGCUUCUGUUCCUCAACUUUAUAGCUUUUAAUCGUGGUGGUUCUCUCUCGUCUCUAAUCAAGUUCAAUGGCAAAAGAAAAAGAGAGGAACACGUUUGUAGGGGUUGCUUGGAACUGUGCUGCAGAGCUCAAAUUCCUGAUAACAGCUUUUCUCUUCCUCUGUUCCUUGGCCACUGUUGUUCAGUUCCUUCCCUCUCGUUUCUCUCUCUCAGCCUCCGAUCUCCACGAUUGUCUCUCGCGACCCUCUACACCCGCCAACAAGGCGGCGGCCAUUGAUGUGGAUGCGGUGGUGGUGGGGACAGCCUCACCGCCCAUUCCUGAUCCCGUCCAACGAUUUGAUGAUCAGGUCCUCGAUGGAGGCAUCAUCAAGCGGGCCUUCAACCCCUACGGAGCGGCCGCAUACAACUUCAUCCUGAUGAGCGCUUACAGAGGCGGACUCAACACCUUCGCCGUCGUCGGCUUAGCUUCCAAGCCUCUCCACGUCUUCGGCAGGCCAACGUACCAAUGCGAGUGGGUACCCCAUCUCGGCAGCACCCAAGGGUCAAGUACCACCACCGUCGGUCGCAAGAUCCUUCCAGAUUGGGGUUACGGCCGCGUUUACACCGUCGUCGUGGUGAAUUGCACCUUCCCAGAUGCCGUCGGCCAUGACGGUUCAGGCGGACAAUUAGUCCUUCACGCAUCCACCAACGGCGGCGGAGAUCGGGAAUUCAAUCUGACGGACAGGAUCGAAGCUCUGACGGAAGCACCCGGAAGCUUAAACGCUUCGUACUACACAUCACCACCAAAAUAUGAUUUCUUGUAUUGCGGGUCGCCGUUGUACGGGAACUUGAGUCCCCAGAGGGUGAGGGAGUGGUUGGCGUACCACGUGAGGCUGUUCGGCGAGAAGUCACAUUUCGUGAUACACGACGCAGGGGGAGUGCAUUCAGGGGUGAUGGAGGUGUUGAGGCCAUGGAUGGAAAAGGGUUACGUGACCUUGCACGACAUCAGAGACCAAGAACGCUUCGAUGGCUACUACCACAAUCAGUUCCUUGCGGUGAAUGACUGUCUGCAUCGUUACCGAUUCAUGGCUAAAUGGAUGUUUUUCUUCGACCUUGAUGAGUAUAUUUUUGUUCCCCCCAAAAAUACUAUCAGAUCGGUUCUAGAUUCGCUCAUGGACUAUACCCAGUUCACCAUGGAACAGAUGACCAUGUCUAACAGGCUCUGCCUCUCCGAAGAUGCCGGUAAAACUUUCAGGAAAUGGGGAUUUGAGAAGCUAGUGUACAGGGAUGUAAAGAGAGGAAUCAGGAGGGACCGUAAGUAUGCAGUGCAACCACGGAAUGUGUUUGCAACAGGGGUGCACUUGUCACAGAACAUAUUGGGCAAGACAACACAUAAGACAGAUGGACGCAUAAAGUACUUCCAUUAUCAUGGGACCCUAGCUGAACGGCGUGAACCGUGCCAGCAGCUAGUCAAUACAACAGAUAUCACCGUCGAAGGAAUCCCUUAUGUCAUGGACACCACAAUGCGGGUUGCUGCUGGAUCUGUGAAGAGAUUUGAACUUAAAAUGAUUGGGUCGAGAUUGUAAACAACGCGGCAACGACAGGGACCACUGAUUGCACCAUUCAGAGGAACAGGGGUGGUUGAUACCUGGGGAGGGCGGUGGUUGCAUUCUCCUUUGUUAUAGUUUUAUUCCUUAAUUUUAAUGAUUGAUUGGUUCUCAUUUUUUUAAUUAAUUCAUUAAUGACUCUCACCAAACAAAGUAGGUACUGAGGAAAGGUUAUAUAUGUAAUUUUACACUUCUACAUCAAUUAUUAGUACUGUUAUAUUUUGAAAAA